UUGUGUGCUAUAUCAACAGUAAAAAAUAACAAGUUUCAGUGUAGCCCGCCUAGCUCUCGUAGUAUAAACAGAUUUUAAACAAAUAUGCAAAAUUUACAAGUUGAAGAUCGCAUGAGCAAUGUAUUUUGGACUAAACAUGCGCAACAACUAAAUAUUGAUUAAUCUAAAUCGAUUAUGCUGCGCAACAAAAUUUUAGAAAUGGAUUUUUUUCUCUAUUUUAUUUUUUCUUUGCUAGUAUUGGGUGUCAAUGGCGAUUGUCACUUGGCCAGGCACAUGGUCGAGGGCACCAAUCGCAUACCAAGCUAUCGGGAUGCCAGCGGUGCGCUUCAGCUGCAGCGCAUGGAGACGGUGCCCGCGGGUGUUACACUCUACAUGUUUUGCAGUGGCUCCGAUAUGGUUGAGAACCAGUGCCAGCAUAAUGGACAAUUUACGCUAGCUUGGCCCAUGACUUGCAGCAAUCCGCUGUCAACUGAAUUGCAACGCAUACAGGAUAAAGAUUGCGCAUACGACGCGUAUGCAGUGGGCUAUAGAAUUGAAGGGCAGUUUCUGGAACUCUAUCGCGCUUGCUUUGACGCCAAGGAGGCGCGCGUUUUGUAUGCACAAAGCGAUUUGUAUUACAAAACUUACUUUGCCAAGCGCCCCUUUGUGGACUUUGCCAUGGAUCAGCUAUAUACGCCCGCCGAGGCUGUUGCCUACAGAAAAGAUAAUAUGUUUAGAUCAUUUCAAAAUAUUUAUGGCGCUGGCCAAAGCUAUUUGCCUAAUAUGCAACAGUUGGUCAUAAAUCGUGGUCACUUGGUAGCCUCAGCGGAUUUUCUAUUUCCCGAUCAGAUGUGCAGCACUUUUCGCUAUCUGAAUGUUGUGCCGCAGUUUCGAAGCAUUAACGAUGGCAAUUGGCGCAGAAUUGAGGAAUGGAUACGCAGCCAAGUGAGCAACAAGCAAGCAUUUCGCAUUAAAACUGGCGGCAUUGAUACGCUGACGCUCAAGGAUCAGCAAGGCGUUGAGCGCUGUGCUUAUCUAAUCGGCGCUAAGCUGCCUGUGCCGCAAUGGAUCUAUAAAGUGGUCAGAGAUAGCUAUGGCAAGGGGCUCUAUGUGUUUCUCAGCUACAACAGCAACUUUGAGCAGCAGCGACCAGUUGUGCUCUCGAUUUGCAAAACAGUUGCCUGCCCACUCAGCUUAGCUGAUAAUCCUUUGGAUGGCUUCAUCUUUUGUUGUAAUGCAGCAACGUUUCCCUACUAAUGUAAAUUUUUGCAAUUAUAUUUUAAGCGCAGCCAGACCUUGAGUUGGCUAAACGGCCAUUGAA